CCAUAUAAAUGCGCAACUAGCAGCUAGAAGUGACAAUGUCAUAUUGUUUGCACGUUUCAGUCGAUAUUUUCUGAUAGAAGGACUAAUUAUUGCCAAGUUAGCUGAGCUAGAAACGAGAGUACCAAAAGAUUUGAGGCAGUUUAGCGCGAGCUGCUCGCGAGACAGCGGCUUCAGUCACGGACUGAAAUGUGACCCGUAACAACAAAUAGCUGCUCUCAAACAGAAAUAACUACAGUAACUGCGGGUUUGAAUGCUGACAUAAAUGUGUACGUUUCGUGUUCGCUUAACUUGCAGUGAGACGCAGGGAUAAGGAGGAGGGCUGAACGUACCGCUAUUUGUGGCGAAAAUAACUCAUAUUAUACUUUUUUGGGUGUUGCUGUACCUCUCAACCGAAGGCCACAGCAAGGUCUGUGAGGAGAAACCUGCUGACCCAGCAAGUCAUCAAAAAACUCCCAUUAGUUGCAUUAAUACUUUAUCCACCAACCUACCAACCAACCAACCAGCCAACCAACCAGAAUUUCCUUCUGCAACUUAUUCAUCAGGGAUUUUGUCUUCAACCCAGAAACAAGGUCAAAUACAGCUUCAUAUCAUAGCUGUUGCCAGUCCAAUCCUGAUUUCUAUUCUUCUUACAAUGCACCUUGGAAAAACACCUCUCCAUGCUCCAAUCUCAUAUCGGUGAACCUUGCACAGCUAAAGAAAGUCUAACACUCACCCAUUGACGUGGCAAAGCCAGUUGUCCAGGCUCUUUACAAUUAGCACUCGGUCUUGUGAAAUCCAUCUACAACAAGGCCAUCAAGAUACACAACUCAGUGCAUUAAGAUCUCCCACUACAAACCAACCCCAGGCCUGUUACUAUUUUACAAAAUUAUGCUUGUGCUUCUUGGCCCAACUCUGUUUCUACCAACUAUUCAUAGAAUCACAAUUUAACAAUGAUCAACCACUGAAAGCUCUGCUGUUGUGUUAGUAUCAAUCCACACCUGUUGGAAAGAGUGCAGGUGUUUCUGAAAGUGCUUGUGGUUGUCAGGAAAAAGCUGCAGAACCAUGUGUGUCCAGUGGGCAGUGUUUACAAUUGGCCUAGUCCACAGGAUGAGUGGACAGUAGGGGGACUGCGAAACAGUGGACUCAUGUCAUGGAAGGGGUCAUUGCAGUCACAGGACAUUCAGAGGGCUUGAAUGGUUUUCCACAAGAAUGCAAACAGACAGAAGAUCUAACCAAUGGACACUCCAAAUGCACAACUAUACUGAAUGGACUCACUCCAGGUAAUGGUAUCAAAGAGAAUGGCAACCCUUAUCUCAAAACUGUCCAGAUCUCAGCCCUGAAACAGAAUGGCCUCUUACAGUCACUGGCAGCUGGAGGCAAUCAGACUAAAACAGAAGAGGUGAGCUCGGAGGUGGAGCGAGCACAAGAGGAGUGGGAUGCCCUGGAGAGCAUCCAACCAGUUCUUGCUGAGGAUCUUACUCCCUCACCACUGAUCUCAUUCAACGAGGCUCUGCAGCAUUUUCAGACAACUGAUCUCGGAGACCUGCUUAAGAACAUUCAGCCCACCAUUCGCAGGACUGGAUUUGCUGCCAUCACUCACUUCCUGUUUGGUCCUCCCCGGCUACACAAAGACCUAGUAGAGGAGAGAGACCUAGUGUUUGCCAUUGCACAGUGUUCUCUGGAUAAUGGACAGUCAGUGCACAUGCGUGUACUCCAGACCAUCUACAGGAAACUGACCUGCACCCGUGCAGACUGCCCUCGCUAUGGACCACACUGGGAGAAUGUGGGCUUCCAAGGUUCAGACCCUGCCACAGAUUUAAGGGGAACAGGUUUUCUGGGCCUGAUGCACACUCUAUACAUUGUCAUGGACCCAGAGAUACUACCACUGGCUAGAGACAUCUACAAACUCUCUCAGCAUCCAGUCCAGAAUUUUCCAUUCAGUGUGAUGUCCAUCAACAUGACCAGAAUUGCCCUGCAUGCUCUCAGGGAGGAGGUGUUGUCCAAGGAGUGUAACCGAAGGCAACAGGUUGUGGCAGUGUUAAAUGAUUUUUAUGUUGCGACGUUCCUGCACCUCUACCAGCUGUGGAAGAGCCAGCAGAAAACAAUCUCUGACUCCGGCCAUGUGCUUAAAGAAGUGGAGCUCUUAGCCAAGAAGAACCCCAAGCAGAUUCUCAAACGUCUCGAGGGCUACCUGAAAGAGAGACGUGCUGGGACAGGACACCGAACAUCACCUGACAUGCUGUCACAUAGCAACCCUUCACCUGGUGACAGUGGGUCUCGAGCAGGAAGUCAGGGUGGGGAGGAGGGGAAGGAGAUUAAAUUCACUGGUGUCUGUGAGCUGCCCCCCGAGAUGGAGGGAGAGGCCAGACUCAUCUGAGAGACAGAGAAAGAGAGAUGAGAGACAAAUAAAGGCAUAGUUCACUCAAAAAUAAGAAAUCUGCCAUUUACUCACUCUAAUAUUGUUCCAAAUCCAUACAACUGACUUUCUGUGGAACACAAAAGGAGAUGUCAGGCAGAUUGUCACCAUUCACUUUCAUUGCAUAUUUCUUCCACAUGAUGAAAGUGAAUGGUGACUGAGACUACCAUUCUGCCUAACAUCUCCUUUUGUGUACUUUUUUAUUGUGUGAAGAAAGUCAAACAGGUUUGAAACAACAUGAGGGUGAGUGAAAUAUGACAAUUUUCAUUUCUGGGUGAACUGUCCUUUUAAGAACAUGUGUUUGAAUGGGCAUUUGAUUUGUACAGUCUCAAAUAUCUCUCUUGCUCUAACUCUGUCUUUCUCUCUUUUUUCUUCAUUUAUUUUCAAUCUAUUCAUUCUUAAGCACACUCAGUGACAAGUCUAUGUUGUAACUGUAGUAGCAGAUAAAAUCAUAAUAAUCUUUGCUGUUUUUUUUUUUUUUUUUUUUUCUGUUAGGGUACCUAUUGGCUUUUCAAAGCUUUCUCUGAAAAAAAAAAAAAAGCCAAUAGUUUUAGUUGCCAAAUAUCAGAGUUAAUGGUACAGUUUACUAGUCAUCAUUUACUCAUCCUAAUGUUGUUACAAACAUUCAAAUAUUUUUUUUUUUUUCUUCAGUGGAAUACAAAAAGACACAUCAGACAGUAUGUUAGUCUCAGUUACCAUUCACUUUCAUUGCAUCUUUUUUCCAUACAGUGAAAGUGAAUGGGGAGUGAGGUUGUCAUUCUGUCAUACAUGUUUGGAACAAUUAAGGGUGAGUGAAUGAUGACAGAAAAAGUGAACUAUCCCUUUACAAAGAUAAUUUUAGUAAGUGUAAUUCUAGAUGUACCAACUCAGUGGCAAUCAGGAAUGGACGUGUCUUGAUGAACGUGUAAAGUGGUUUCCAGAAAUGAUCCAGCACCUUACCCACGACUGUGGUAUUGAGUGAGAAUUAUUUCCUUAGUGUGAUGUGGUGACUGUGCAGGGAUUUAUUUGAUUUAACUGAGACCAGUGUAGUCUAAAGCCUUGUGAUCCUCCUGAUCAUUUGAACUUGUUCACUGUAACCAGGUCAACAUUCACAAAGUUAUCAAAGUUUAUAUUGAUGUUGCCGCUUUAACCUUCACUGUUGAAAAAAUUUAAUGAGAUAUCAAAACGUUGGAUGAAAAUAGUUUUCUUUUGUCCCUUUAGAGACAAUACAUUUUAGAGACUAUCCGACUUGCUUCCGUUGGCAUGAUCUCUUCAACAAUAGUCUGAAACUGUCAUAUCUUGGUAUCGUUUUAAUGGGAAAGUGCAUAUUAGUGACCUGUAGUAUAAAUAACCAUUAAGCUGUUCAGUUGCAAGCCUGGAAUUGUCAACUAAUUUUAUUUAAACGUUUGAGCUUUGAGCUAAAAUUAGGACCGUAAUCAAAAAGAAAAUGUGAUAUUCUGAGGUGUUUUAAUGCUUGUCUGCAUGUUUCCUCGAUAUUGAUAGCAGUUACAUUCCAAUUUUAAGUAGCCUUGAUGCAACUAUGAACAUCUGGGCAUGUUUUGGACGAGAGUGAGGAUGAUCACAUGACUGUACCAGAAAUAAUCCUGAAAAUGCUAUUGGUUGCCUGUUAUGAUGUUUCUCAUAGAGGACAGCAUACUCAAGCUGUCCACUAUUUAGUCCAGAGGAAAUAGAUGGCGUAUUAUAAAUUGUUGGACAGUGAUGAAAUCAUUACAGCUCCCUGAAGCACUUUUAGCAAGUGUGUAAACAAGGUUUGUUUGGGUUAAUUGUGUCUAUAAGACAUGGUUUUAUAUAAAAUAUUAGCCAGGAAGCUGCAGGUCAUUUAAACUGUACUGUAUGUGAGAAACGUUGGUAUCUUAAAGUGGAUCACAUUAGGCAACAUCUUGCAUCUAAGCGUUGUACAUUCAAACAGACAUUUCAGAUCUGUUUAUAGUGUAGUCAAGCAAUUACACCAUGAUACUUGUUGAUUUAAAAAGAGAAUACCUUAUUUACUGUUGAGCCACAUCAGGUUUGUGCGGCAAAUAGUUGAGAAUUUGGUGUAUUUUUGUCAUUUGUGUCUUGUUCUCCCGAGUCCAGGUCCAAUAAAGAUGUGAGGGUUGCAGCAGUCAUGUAUAUUGUACAUUUUGGAAAAAAUUUGUUGGGGAAAGUCCGUCUCUCCCUUUGCAACCCUAUUCUGCACUAUCGUCUUGUUAGCAUGUCAGGUACCGCUAGAGAUGUAGCAUCCAGGAAUCGUUGCUUUUAAAUUCCUUGUUAAAAAAAGCUUGUUAAUGUAACUCGGUAUGGUUGCAAAUGUUUGUCUAAGUUACCUAGUCCAAAGUGUUGUUGUAUGAUAUGAAUACAGUGCGUCCAGUACGUUUCAGUUUAACUUUUACGGUCUUUCUUUUUGUAGUUGUUUUUCUUCUUCUGAAACAACACAUGAAUAUAAAUACUCAGUGGAUGUAUAUUAGAAGUCCUGUCACAUUAGCCAGUUACAUUUUUAUAUAAAGCAGAGUAGUAUUUUAUAAACUUGAAUAAGAGCAAAUGAUGGUGGAAAAAGAAUGUUUAUAUAAAAGGCAAAUCACCCUUUCCUGGCUUAUUUACUAGUUCUGUUUGACUGGUUUGUAUUAGUGCUGGUUCAGGUCAUAAUCCUUCUAUAACUGUACUCUCGAGUGAAUUCAGUGCAGUUCAGCGCUGUUGUCAACUGCAAGCAUUUAUGUGUUUAAUACUUGCCAGUUUGUUUGUCAAACUGAAGCAUAGUUAACACUAAGAAAGACUUUGAAUGAAUGUUGAAGAAGCAUAAUUUUAAGAAGAUGCAAUAUAACAAAUGAUGUCAAGUGAGAGUACUGCCCAAGAGACCUGUAUUUCCUACAAGUCAUAUUCCGUGCACUCCUUUUAGGAUAUUUUAAACUGUCAUGUACACUUGCCAGUGCAACUCUUCAGAAGUGUGUGUUGCUAUUUAGCUUACUGGCUCAAAAUAUAUUAUGAACAAUCAAAGCUACAGUCUAACAAUCAUCCACAACCAUGACCAUCAUAAUGAGCCUGGUUCGGCACCUUUUCUUGUAUAUGUUUGCACAAUAAGUUGUUUAUUAUUUGUUUAGCUGUUAUUUCCCAAAGGAGAGGGUGGUAUGUACUGUAUAUGAGAUGACUUUUAACGUGUGUGUGUGUAUGUGUGUAUAUAACAAAUAAAUGAUUGUAACAGUAUGAUAAGUUACCUGGGCAUAUUAUGCAUACCUCAGGCUUCAGACAAAUCUCUUCUGGGUAGACGUUUUAUUGAGGACAGCCAUGAUUCCAUGUCGUAGCACAAAAUGGUGUGUGGUGUCACUUGCAGUAAUCUACCUAGCUUGGGAAUGUACUGUAUGUAUAUGUAUGUACACUAAUGCAGCACUGCAAAAUAUUGACUUCUACAGUAUAUAUUUCUAUAGCCCAUGUUUGUGAAAACUAUAGUCUUACACGCUGAAACGCAAACCUUUGCUGGAGGAUGUUUUUAACAAUCUUAUUGGUUGAAACAAAUCAGACGAUUUUGUGGCCUUUGGUAUUUGCUGUGCUUUCGUGAAUGGUUUUUUACACCAUUACAAAAUGUCAAAAACGAUUCACCCUACUAUUGCACAGUAUUUCUUUGGACCAAAAGGAAUAUUUGUGACCGGGUUUGAGUUAUCAAGCUGGUUUGGAAAGAUCUUACAGUCCUUAAUGUUAGUAUCUUCCUUCUCCAUUCCACAAUACUUCAUUUGUCUGGCCCAUAAAGAUGAAAUUCAGCCCCAAACGGCUGUUUGAGUUACUAAAAAAUACAAACCCAAAUCUCCAAUUUGAUUCACUUCCCUGAAUCAAAGUCCUGCACUUCAUUUAGAGAUGAGUUGUUUUCGUCUGGUAUGAUCCCUCAGAGCCUUUUAUUAUAUCUGAACCUUGAUUGUAGAAUCCCUAUUUUAUAAUGAAAACAUAUUUAAGAAUAUAUGCAGUGGUACAGUGAUGUAUCGUAUGAAGAGUAAUAAAUAAAUGCAACUUUAAACAGAAUUAAAA